GCUACUGACCAGGGGCGGACUGACCAUUUGGAAACUCGGGCACUGCUCGAGGGCCCGGGGUCAGUAGGGGGCCCCAUGAGAUGCCCCUGGUACCUUUUUCAUAGGCUUUUUUGAGUUUGGGCAAGGACACAGGGGCCCCAUGAUCCCCUAUUGCCCGGGGCCCCAUGAGUUGUCAGUCCACCCCUGCUACUGACCAUAUCACCAGUGUCCAUCAGUGACCAUCAUUGCUGCAUAUCAGUGCCCAUCAGUGCUGCCUAUCAGUGC